CCUCCCCUCCCCCGUCCCUGUGUGCGCGCGGGGUCGGCCCUGGCGGAGCCGGCGGCGCAGUGAAACCUUCAUUUUUUUAACCUUCUUCCCGGAGCAACAGAAAAUGAACAUAGCUCAGGGAUCUGUGUCAUUUAAAGACGUGACUGUGGAGUUUACCCAGGAGGAGUGGCCAUACCUGGGUCCUGCUCAGAGGACCCUCUACAGAGAUGUGAUGCUGGAGAACUAUAGCCACCUGGUCUCCGUGGGGUAUUGCAUUACCAAACCCCAGGUGAUCUUCAAGUUGGAGCGAGGGGAAGAGCCCUGGUCCUUAGAGGAAGAAUUCCUAAACCAGAGGUACCCAGGAUAUUACAAAGUUGAUGUCCACAUUGCGGGGAACGAGGAAAAACAAGAGAAACCUCUGUGGCAAGUAAUAUUCAAUGACAACAAAACAUUGAGUAAAGAAGGGCAGAAAAUUUUAGGAAAACCAGUUAAUCUGGAUAUAACUCCAGAUUUUUUAGGAAAAAUGCCCUGUAAAUGUGAUUCAUGUAGAAUAAAUUUGCCACUUCUUUCUGAAUUGAUUGUUAGUGGUAGAAACUGUUCAAGAAACAAGGCUGACUACAUGAAUGUAUGUGAAAAGUUGCAGCUUGAUAUUAAACAUGAGAAAACUCAUACUGAAGAGCGGUCUUACAAAUAUAAUAAAAAUGUGAAAGCUCUCUGUCUUAAGAAAGAUCAUCAGAUAUUUCAAACUGUGGAGCAGCCUUUUGAAUGUAAUGAAAUUGGAAAAAUUUUACAUGAUGAGACUGUUGUCUGUGUUACAGCUCAGAGUUGUCUAAUAGUUAAGCAAUCCUGUCAGGAUGAUGAUUUUAGGAAAAACUGUGAUAAAGCAUCUGUAUUUAACCAAAUGAUAACUGGCACAAGAGCGAAAUGCUUUGCUGUUAAUGAAUGUGGGAGAUCCUGUGACAAAACCACCAUUGUGGAAUACAGUCAAGUUCACAGGGCUAUGACAAACUAUGAAUGUAAUGAAAGUGAAAAUAACUUCAAGAGCAAUUCACCCUGCACUCCACCUCAGCGAACUAUUACAAGACAGCGAGCUUUUGAAAGGAGUAAAUGUGAAGAAAACUUGAACCAAAGCUCAGCCCAUCUAGUACAUCAGAAGACACAAAAUGGAGAUAAGUUCUGUGUUUUUAAUGAAUGUGCAAAUGCCUUCUCCCAGGAAUUAGACUUUACAAUGCAUGAGAGAACUCAGACAAAUGAGAAAUUCUACAAGUGUUGUAAAUAUGGGGAAUGUGUGUAUCAAAACUCACUUCUAAGUGUACAUCAGGAAAGUGUCACAGGAGAGAAGUCAUUAGAAAGUAAUGAAUGCAGGAAAUCCUUUUAUGAGAAAGCACACCUCAUUCAGCAUCAGAGGACCCGCUCACAGGAGAAACCGUAUGAAUGUGAGGAAACCAGAAAAUCCUUUUGUUCAAAUUCACACACUAUUCAUUAUCCUGCUACUCAUAUGGGAGUCAAUCUCUGUGAAUGUAAUGAAUGUAGGAAAACUUCCUGUCAGACAUCAAACCUCAGUGAACAUCUGACAGUUCACACAAAGAAGAAAGCUUACAAUAACAAUGGAUGUGGGAAAUCAUACAAGAAACCAUCCAUCUUAGUACACCAGAUACCACACACAGAGAUGAAACUCUAUGAAAGUAAUAAAUAUGGGAAAUCAUUCUCCAAGGUGGCACAGCUCAAAAAACAUCAGAGAACUCACACAGCAGAUAAAUCCUAUGAAUGUAAUGAAUGUGGGAAACCUUUUGCUCACAAUUCAACUCUCAGAGUACACCAGAGAAUUCACACAGGUGUAAAAUCCUAUGCAUGUAAUGAAUGUAGGAAAACUUUCUCCAAAAAGUCACACCUUUCUGCACACCAGAGAAUUCACACAGGGCAGAAACCUUAUGUGUAUAAUGACUGUGGGAGAUAUUUUGCCUCUAAUUCAGCCCUUAGGGUACAUCAGAGAAUUCCUACAGGAGAGAAAUUAUAUGAAUGUCAUGACUGUGAGAAGACUUUUGCCUAUAAUUUAGCCCUGAAAGCACAUCAGAAAACUCACACCAGGGAGAAACUCUAUCAGUGUAAUGAAUGUGGGAAAACUUUUUCCCAGAAGUCACACCUCAGUGCACAUCAGAGAAUUCAUACAGGUGAAAAACCCUAUGAAUGCAGUGAAUGUGGGAAAACCUUUUCUCAGAAAUCAAACCUCAGUGGACAUGAGAGAAUUCACAAAGGGGAAAAACCUUAUGAAUGUCAUGAAUGUGGGAAAACCUUUGUCUUUAAAGCAGCCCUCAUAGUCCAUCAUAGAAUUCACACAGGAGAGAAACCCUAUGAAUGUAAUGAAUGUGGGAAAACUUUCUCCCGGAAGUCAUAUGUCAGUGCACAUCAGAGAAUACAUACAGGGGAGAAACCCUAUGAAUGUAAUGAAUGUGGGAGAACUUUUGCCUCCAAUUCAGCCCUCAGGGUACACCAGAGAAUUCACACAGGGGAAAAACCCUAUGAAUGUAGUGAAUGUGGGAAAGCUUUCUACAUGAUAUCACACCUUCGAGCACAUAUGAGGACUCACACAGGAGAGAAACCCUAUAUAUGUAGUAUAUGUGGGAAACCUUUUGCCCUUAAAUCAAAACUCAGAGUACAUCAGAGAAUUCACACAGGAGAGAAACCCUAUGGAUGUACUGAAUGUGGGAAAACUUUCUCCCGGAAGUCAAAUGCCAGUGCACAUCAGAGAAUUCACACAGGGGAGAAACCCUAUGGAUGUAAUGAAUGUGGGAAAACUUUUGUCCGUAAGACAGCCCUUAGAGUACAUCACAACAGAAUGCACAGCAGAGAGAAAACCUAUGAAUGUAAUGAAUGUGGAAUAACCUUUGUCUAUAAAUCAGUCCACAUAAUCCAUCAAAGAAUUCACACAAGUGAGAAACCCUAUGAAUAUAAUGAAUGUGUGAACCUCAAGGCACAUCAGAUAAUUCACAUAGGUGAGAAACCCUGUGCAUAUAGUGAAUGCGGGAAAACUUUGGUCCGUAAGGCAGCCCUUAGAGUACAUCACAACAGAAUGCACACCAGACAAAAUCGUUGCAUGUAAUGAAUCUGGGAUGUCCUAAAGGAACUCAUACAACACAGUGGAGAAGCUCAUGACACAUAGACUGGCAUAUUGUUUCCUUUAUGCGUUUUUGUGCUAGGCAUAUAGCUGGUCUGAAUUUCCCAGUCCAGGUGGGACUGGUCAUGGAAUAUGAUCCUAUUACAUUUAAGCUAAGUUUGGACUUUAAAAGUUACCUUAUAUUGUUACUGUCUGUGUUAUACUGGAAUGGAGAAAUUUCCACAGCAGAUCUGGGUGCUGUGUAUUGAAAAUAGAAGACAAGGUUUAAAAAGCUAGAGCCUUAAUAAUUAGGUGAAACAGAAUUCUCCACUAACAGAUCUUCACCGUUUUAUUUUUUUAAGCCAGAAUUAAGUUUGUACUCUGUUCAGCUCUUAUAGAUUUUGGUCUCUUGGUUAAAUGCAUAUAGUUUACGCAACUCUCUGUUAGACUGGGAUGAAAUGUGCUAAAUACAAUAAAUGUCAGAAGACCUGUCAGAAUUCAAACCUACCAUUGUACAUCAGAGACUUUACAUGAGGAAGAAAAGUUCUGUCAAUGUCCUGAAUAAUCACAAGACUUUAUUAAAAAUCAGAGAAAUCUUUUGGAAAAACACAAACUCCUUUACCACCAACUGAACUUCAUUAAAAAUGAAAUAAGAUUAGACUAAAAUCUUGUAUUUUGAUAACUAAUUUUUGAACACAUACUGAGUUUGUGUCAGAUAAUUUUUUUCUGAAGAAAUGUAUCAGUUUCAAAUUGAAGAUAAAUUCUUGGCAGAGAAACAGACACAGACCAAUGGAAUAGAAUUAAAAACCCAGAAAUAAACCCACAUAAAUGUGGACAGAUAA